CGCACGCCCCUCGCACCAUUGUCCCUGCCCGCCCGCCCCGCUCGCUCUCUCUCUCUCUCUGUUCCCCGCUCCCGCUCGGGGUGUUUUGUUGGCGGCCCGGCGCGGGGCCCGGCGCGCCCGCCCGCGCCGCGGCGGAGCGGAGCGGCACAUUCAUUAUCGGCCGGGGGCCGAUUUCAAACCGCUGCCAUCGCGGCUCCAUUGUUCGCCGGGCGGGCGGGCCCCGCCCCCCUUUGUGCGCGGCAGCCGCGAUUGGCCGGCGCCGGGCGGAGCGCUGCCGUCACCGCUCGGGAAGCCCAUUCAUCUGUGCACUUGGGCGUUGGACUCCGCAUCUUAUUAGCAACCAGGGAGAUUUCUCCAUUUUCUCCUUGUCUACAUAUUUAUACCAACCCAACGCUCUUUGUUUCCCCUCCUUUUGGAUCUGUUGAGUUUCUUUGUUGAAUAAGACAGCAUGGGUGCCCAGUUCUCCAAGACCGCUGCAAAGGGCGAAGCCUCCGCCGAGAAACCUGGGGAAGCAGUGGCUGCAUCUCCAUCCAAGGCGAAUGGACAGGAGAACGGCCACUUGAAGGUGAACGGCGACGCCUCCCCCGCGGCGGCGGAGGCGGGCAAGGAGGAGGUGCAGGCGAACGGCAGCGCGCCCGCCGAGGAGACGGGCAAAGAGGAGGCGGCCUCGUCGGAGCCCGCCUCCGAGAAGGAGGCGGGAGAGGCGGAGAGCACCGAGCCGGCCUCCCCGGCGGAGGGCGAGUCCUCCCCCAAGACUGAGGAGGGCGCGACCCCCUCGUCCAGCAGCGAGACCCCGAAAAAAAAAAAGAAGCGCUUUUCCUUCAAGAAGUCCUUUAAGCUCAGCGGCUUCUCCUUCAAGAAGAACAAGAAGGAGGCCGGCGAGGGGGCCGAGGGCGAGGGCGGCGCCGCCGCCGCCGCAGCGGAGGGCGGGAAGGAGGAGGCGGCGGCCCCCGAGGCGGCGGGCAGCGAGGAGGGCAAGGCGGCCGCCGAGGAGGCGUGCGCGGCCGGCAGCGCCGAGGCGGCGAAGGAGGAGGCGGGGGACUCGCAGGAGGCCAAAUCGGACGAGGCCGCCCCCGAGAAGGCGGCGGGAGAAGAGGCCCCGGCAUCGGCGGCGGCCGAGGAGCAGCAGCCGCCUCAGCAGGCAGCGGAGGGCAAGGCGGAGGAGGCGGCGGGCGCCGGCGCCGCCACGAAUGAGGCGGGCAGCGGCGAGCAGGAGGCGGCCCCCGCGGAGGAGCCGGCGCGGCAGGAGCCCCCCGCCGAGAGCAGUCCCGAGGGACCCGCCGCCGAGUCGGCGGAGUAGUAAGCGCCGCCGCCGCCCCUCGCCGACGGACUUUUCUUCCCCCCUGUUUGUUUUUGGAGUGGUGCCAGGUACUGGUCUCGGAGAACUUGUCUACAACCAGGGAUUGAUUUAAAAGAUGUCUCGUUUCUUUUUUUUCUCUCCCCCCGCAGCUCCCAUCUCAAAUCGUUAUAUGUUGCCGCCAUUCCAACGGGCGGAGGGGGGCUCCCCUCCGCCUUCCUCUCCCAUCCUUUAUAUUUUGGUUUUUUUGGGUUUUUUUUUUCAUCAGUAUUAAUGUUUUGUUUUUGGUUGGUUCGGGUUUUUUUCGUUGGUUUUUUUUUUUUUAUUUUUAAAAUUUUGUUCGUUUAUUUUUUAAUUUCAUACUUUGCAACUCUCUUCAUAUUAUAAAACUUUUGCCGAUCGGUCUAUGGACAUGCCCAUAUAUGAAGGAGAUGGGUGGGUCAAUAAGGGAUAUCAAAUGAAGUGACAGGGGCCGCAGUGGGGAACCAGGGGCGCGCAGCCCUUGCCGGGAGCGCGCCCCGCCAGAAAUGAUGUAAGGGGUUAGUCUUUUUUUUAAAAGAAAGUUAUUACGAUGUAUUUUGUGAGGCAGAUGUUCUAUAAGGUUUACAACACUACAAGUCUUGAUUAAGAAGGAAAGGAAAAAGGAAAAAAAAAAUCAAUACCCAGAUAAAGAGAUCAUAGUCUUAGAAAUUCAUUUAAACCAUAGGAACUUUUCACUUAUCUCAUGUUAGCUGUAUCAGUCAGUGAUUAAGUAGAAAUACAAGUUGUAUAGGCUUUAUUGUUUAUUGCUGGUUUAUGACCUUAAUAAAGUGUAAUUAUGUAUUACCAGCAGGGUGUUUUUAACUGUGACUAUUGUAUAAAAAAAACAAAUCUUGAUAUCCAGAAGCACAUGAAGUUUGCAACUCUUUCCACCCUGCCCAUUUUUGUAAAACUGCAGUCAUCUUGGACCUUUUAAACACAAAUUUUAAACUCAACCAAGCUGUGAUAAGUGGAAUGGUUACUGUUUAUACUGUGGUAUGUUUUUUAUUACAGCAGACAAUGCUUUCUUUUCCAGUUGUCUUUGAAAAUAAAGGAAAACUCUUCAGAUGCAAUGUUUUUUUUUGGUUUUUUUUUUUUUGUGUAGCAUCUUGUCUAUCAUGUUUUUGUAAAUACUGGAGAAGCUUUGACCAAUUUGACUUAGAGAUGGAAUGUAACUUUGCUUACAAAAAUUGCUAUUAAACUCCUGCUUAAGGUGUUCUAAUUUUCUGUGAGCACACUAAAAGCGAAAAAUAAAUGUGAAUAAAAUGUAUAA